UAUGCACCGAACUAGCUACUCCUCACCACUGAUAACUACGCAAGUGACAGGCACAGCCACUUCAGCCUAGCUAGUGAUAAGAGUAGUAAUAUCAAUCGUGUUCUUUUUACCAUAAGAUGGGUAGGUCUCCUUGUUGUGAUAAAUCUCACACUAACAAGGGAACUUGGACUAGAGAAGAAGAUCAGAGACUCAUUGCCUAUAUCAAAGCUCAUGGGGAGGGCUGCUGGCGCCAAAUUCCCAAGGCUGCAGGCCUUCUUCGUUGUGGCAAGAGUUGUCGUCUCCGCUGGAUUAACUAUCUUCGCCCUGAUCUAAAGCGCGGUAAUUUCACAAAUGAAGAAGACAACUUCAUCAUCAAGCUACACAGCCUCCUUGGUAACAAGUGGUCCCUGAUAGCAGCAAGGUUACCAGGAAGAACGGAUAAUGAGAUCAAGAAUUACUGGAAUAGCCAUUUAAGGAGGAAGUUAUUGAGCAGAGGGAUUGACCCUUUGACUCACAAACCGAUUAACACUGACACUGACAAAGGAGAGAAGUUCAUGGAUGGGUUUGGGUGCAAAAUUGAGAAGAACCCAGUUGAAAAAAGUUUAACAGAAUUGAAUCUUGAGCUUAGAAUAGGCCCUCCCAACCAACAUCCACCUUUGCCAUUGGAGAGAAAAGAAAAGAAAGUCUGUUUCUACUGCAGCCUGGGACUAGAAAACAGUAAAUAUUGCACUUGUGGGAGUAGUAGCAAUAGUACUAAUGAUUUUUGAAGAAUAUGCGACUCUUGAUUGCAGAAGCUUGGUGAGGAAGUGAAUUUGAAGUUUGUUUUUUUUUUUUUUUGAAAGGAAGGAUUUGAAGUUGGAUGCAUAGCUCUCCUGGCAUGGAGAAAUCAAUUUUAAAAGGGAUUAAUAUUGUUAAAUUAUCUUUCCCUCUCUCUCUCUCUCUCUCUAUCUCUCUGGGGUUUCUGCUUUGCUUGAUUAUGUAUAAAAUUGAUCUAUGCUGAAAGUAGUCCAUGCUUAUGAACUACCAACUUGUUCAACGGAAAAUUGAAGAGUGUACUGUGUGUGCUUUAUAUAUAUAUGGUAAGUAAUUUAAUACCAUUUCUUUACCAUCAUCAUUGUAAU